AUGGGCAAGUGGUGCAUCCACCGAAAGCGUUCGCACAACGAGGUGCCACGUCUGCGUGAACUGGAGCGCGCUGUGAAGGCUGAGCUCAAGGACAUUUGUGGACGCGAAGAGCUCUUUCUACGCUCGACGUCCGAGCUCACGUCACUCGUGAAGAAACUUGGACGCACUCAAGGCCGCGCGUACUUUCGCUACGUACUGCGCAACGUGUUUGGUGACAAGUCGCAGUUGUACGAGAUGCACGGACCGCCUUCGAGCAAACAGGUGGCUGAGUACGCCAAGAGCGUCAUUCAGCGCUUGGCCAAGGCGAUUCACUUUGCGCCGCUCGUCCUGCGUGCCGGCUGUCACUACAUGCUCACGGAGUUUCGCAAAGCGUUUCCCGAGUGCAAACAUGACGCUCGCAUUGUCGUGGGGAGUCUGCUGUUUUUGCGGAUCCUCUGUCCCGCCCUCGUGAAGCCCGAGAUGUUUGACUUUCCUCCUCAUACGACCCGGACGCUGCCCGUGGGCGUGCAGAUUGCCAAGGUCUUGCAGCACACUCUUAGUGGAACGCCGAUAGGUGACAGCGACCCGACGGUCGACGACAGCAACGCCUUUAUCCGGACCUUCCAACCGUACGUGGCCAACUUUCUCGUGCGGUUCCCUCAGAUCCGCGCGGCGUUUGGAAGCGAAGACUUGCAGCAGGUGCUUGAGGUAUCGCGUGCACCGGCGUCUUGGACUUGUAGCAACGGGUCACCAAGUUUGCCAGCAACGCCUUCACGGAGAGAGAAUUGGCCGCUGUCGCCCCAUGCCGAGUCUUGGAACGCCCGACGCCCAACCGGUAAAAUGUGUGGACUCUCAAUGAGUGCGAAUGGAGUGGCCAAGAGCAAGAAGAAGUUCUCGCUGCGCUUUUGGUUGAGAGGCCACGACGACAUGGCACACCGACAGUCGCCUUAG